AUGUCGACUGCCCUUCCGGCUUCCCGGAGGUCUCAGGCGCAAGAGGAACUCAAUCGCACAAUCCGGUCGCUCAGCUUUGAUUUCCAGCUCGACCUUGAGCUUCCCGACCCGACUCUGUCGCCCAGUAAGCGCCGGCUACAGCGUCGCACAAAGGAGCAGGAACGUGCGGAUUCCAUCUACCGUCGCGCGCACUACCUCAAGUUCCAAGAUCCCAACCGUCUCUCGAGAUGCUUUGGCCGGUUUCGCGAGCAGGCCGACGAGCAUCUGAGGCAUUGGGUCGAGAAGCCCCGCGCCGAUCCGGACACCACUCCAAGAGCAACCAAUGGCCCACAUCGUUCCCGCUUGAGCCCCGAAGAGCGGGCCGAGCUCCAGGAGUUUCUCCUGCAGCUGCUUAAAGAUGACAACCUUGUUAACCAACCGCGAGCGAGAUACUCGAAGCGUAAUUCGGAUGAGUUUCCGGAUCCCAGUGCAAAGCGAUACAGAAACUCCAUAGAUGGUCCUGGCGCAGACUCGCCCUGCAACAGUGUCGAUGACAUCCCAGUUCGAUCCAGCACUUCGAGUCGCUCAUUCGCGGGAUGGCCCGCAGCUCACGACGCAGGUACAGCUGCUGCUACCACACGCUCUGCCACACGGUCUAGCACACACUCCAAUGGCGUCCAAAGUGCAACCACCAGCUUUUCCAAUUCCCAUGCCUUGUCUUUUGGAAAUAGAUCCUUCAACUCCAGCAAAGUUUCACUCGCUCCGACUGUCUUUUCUGCUGCCAAUGAUGACUGUGCGGCCAGUACUCAAACAACUGUCAUGACCAACCAGUCAUUCAAGGAUCCUCAGACUUCGUUUUCUCGCAGCAUACGACAAUUCGAAUAUCAACCCCUUGCUGAGCCUGUCAAAAGACGUGUGGAUUGCGAACCGGUACCCUUUUCGGUGAACAAAUAUGAACACCAAGGGCCAGCCGAACCCGUUGAUGAGCCAGUGCUCCCGCCUGUGGUAUUCCCACCCGUGGAAAAGCCUCGGCCUGUCAUCCGGCCUCAGCCCCUUGAUAUCAGAUUCGAGGCCCCUAUUAGGUCGAGCAGCCCUGCCACGGCCUACUCCAGCGUCCCGGAAAUGGCUGACCUGGACACGCCAGUUCUCGGAACUCCAGUGUUUGCGAAAGAGCCGUCAUCGUGCGCCCUAACUGAUAGGCUACGAAACAUCUGGCCCAAGUUUCCAAUUCCUGGAUUGAAUCAUGCUCCUUUGAUCAUCUUGUGGGAGCUCACACGCGCUGCGGUUCACUGCCAGGUGGACCUGUCACAAUGGGACAUUGAUUACAAGCCCAACGAUACCUGGCAUGAUCAGAGCAAGUUUCGUGGUCAGAUCUUGCUUUCACAUCGACUUUUCGUGGGUCAAGGACUGCCUCCUGCUUGUGAACGCGCUGCCUGGGAUGCAGCCUUGGGCACUUUUGCAGCCCAAGACAAGACGGUAGCCUUGCUUGCAGAGCUGGCUUACAACACUGAGGAUUCUGGUCCAUUGUACCGACUCAAGCUUCAGCCGCCUCGACUUGAACUUGGACAUCGACUGGCUCGUCGAUUCGGCGCGGACCGUUUCAUGGAGAUUGUGAUGCCAAGUCCAACUUCCAGAGAUGCUCCGGACGUUAUCAAGCAGGAUGAAGGGGGCCCGAACAAGGUCAUAAGAUGGCUGACUGACAGUUCCCAUUAUUUUGUAGGUCGUACAUGGGUGCCGUUCUUUACGCGUGACGCAAAGAAGACGGUCAAGGAUCCCAAGCCUCCCCACAAGAGCAUGACCAUCAUGCAGGAGCGCGUCUACUUCUUUGCAACUGAUGGUAACAACUUCCGUCUCCCUGAUCAUCAGUAUCCACCACAGGAAGAGGCAAUAAGCCCUAGGAAUCGCACGAAGAUGCGGCGCUGUGACCUCUUGAACUGGGCCAUUGGCGUUGAGCGCAACUGUCGGCAGCCCGUUCCGAAAUUGUUUUCUCGACUUGCUCUCAACCUCAGUAAAACGGUCCCCACCAUUGUCCUUGAGCCGAACCAGUUUCGCCAUCAAGACACCAUGUUGGGCUUUCACAAAUACAUGAGGGAAGAAGACAAAAAGUCCCAGCAAGACAUGGGUGAUGGUAUCGGCCGAAUGUCCCGAACCCUUGCUCGCAAGGUGGCGACUCAUCUUGGUCUCUUGGAAGCCCCUUGUGCGUUCCAAGCCCGUAUCGGCAGCGCCAAGGGGAUGUGGAUUGUCGAUGUUGAGGAUGACGGCCUUGACGACAACGAUUGGAUAGAGACAUACCCGUCUCAAAGGAAAUGGGAGUGCGACUACCUGGACGUUCACCACCGGACGUUCGAGGUGCGUGAGUGGUCGAGGGAGCUGAGGCCGGCAGCUCUCAACCAACAAUUCAUUCCCGUUCUGGAGGCUCAGGCUCCCAGACCCCGUCUCAUGCGGGAUGCCAUCGCCGCUCACCUGGUCAAUGGCCUUGAUGAAGAGAUUGGUGGCCAAAUGGCUGCCAUGGCUCACCCCACCAAUCUUCGCGGCUGGACACAUCGUGGAUUCGAUCGCUCGAGUGUUGGUCAUAUCCCAUUCUUGGGGGGUCUACCAGAGCGAGAUGAAGACGUCAUUUCGUACCUGCUAGAUGCAGGCUUCGAGGCUACCAAGUGCCGUCACCUGAGGGACCUUGUCUGGAGCAUGCAGAAGCGGCAGGCGGAUCAACUCAAAGCGAAGAUGAACAUCAAGAUCCCGCGCUCAACCUAUGCGUACAUGGUUGUUGACUUUACUGGGACAUUGGAAGAAGGGGAGGUUCAACUUGCUUUCUCCUCCAAGUUCCAAGCCGACGGCGAGUCAGACACACUACUGGAUGGCAUCGACAUUUUGGUCGCUCGAGCACCAGCCCAUUUUGUCAGCGACAUCCAAAAGGUCAAGGCAGUAUUCAGACCUAACCUCAAGCGGUUGAAGGACGUGAUUGUCUUUUCUUCCAAGGGAAAAUCGCCACUUGCUGAUCUUCUCUCUGGCGGUGACUACGACGGUGACAAGGCUUGGGUUUGUUGGGAUCCUCAAAUCGUCAAUAACUUCAGCAAUGCGGCCAAGCCUGUGGAACCUGACCUUGUGGAGCAGGGAUAUCUUCGAAAGUCCAACCCGAGCUUUGAAUCGAUCCUGAGCACAAGCAUUGAUGUGGACAGUGCCUGUGCCGACUUCCUGCACUCGGCUAUUUCUUUCAGCAUGCAGCCAUCCUACUUGGGCAUCUGUACCGUGUUCAAAGAGAAGCUCUGCUAUUUUGAAAGGGGCGUCAACAGUGAACGAGCCGUGGCACUCAGCACACUGGUCAGUCUUCUUGUCGACCAAGCCAAACAGGGUCUGCUUUUCACACGCGAGGACUACGAACGACUCAAGCGCGAUAUGAAAAUGCAAGGCAAAGACCCCGAGUACCACAACGAUAGAAGCUCGACGUACACCAACAGAGAUAACUCCAGUCAUAUUCUUGACUACCUCAAGUUUGAUGUCGCCGAAAACACCGUUAGAAUAGCGUUGACGAAAUUCUACAACGCUCUCUACGGCCACGAAGUGUACGCCUGGGACAAGGACUUGGCCCGUCUCAAUGAUGAAUUUGAGGCCCAGAAAGAAGGCUCCAGGAUCAUUAAGAGACUGAUGGAGGUCCUGCACGCCAAGGUCUCGGAAAUGACCAAGGAAUGGAAAGUGACAAUGGCCGCCAGCAAGGCUGACACCCAAAACAAUGAAUUUGGUGCCAAGGUUAAGGAACUCCACCAAAAGUGGUCUUCAUUCCAGCCGCCGGCCGAGCUGAUGACUUCCAGACAAGUCAAGCCUCUCCUUGAUUCCUGGAAUGGAGACCCAGCGCUAAGCAAAUGGGAGCUCCUCAAGGCAUCGACCAUGUUCAAGCUCGGCUACAAGUUCGCGUACAACAUGGUCUGGCGACUCUCGGGUCAGCAGUAUGCGUGGAUGAAGGCUAUGAUGUCUCGUGGGGGAUUUGACGUGAGCGCCGUGGCCGUCACGGCAGAGAUGUGGAGUAUCCUUCGACCAGAUAACAGGCGCAUCGCGGCGCUGACUGCUCGACGCCAGGCUGGACAUGACAAUGAGAGUCUGUCGGCGCUGGAGGAGGUGAUGGAAUAUGAUGAGGACGGUACCCAGAUCGACGAUGCUUAG